GUUCACAAAGGGGACAGUGUUUGGCCCUGCAAGUUAUGAAAUCCGUGAGCUUAUACUCCCCACAUGUGAAAUGAACACGGCUCUGAAUGGAUGCCCCCUUGUUGAUUUUGAUGGGAACUUUGUUGGAGUGAACUUCCGACGUGGCAAACGUACUGUAUUUGUACCAAUGAACAAAGUUCUUGAAUUCCUUGGAUACUCUGGGACAACUAGGCAUAGUACUGCUGAUACUGAAGAUGAACCUGAUUCAAACAGGCAUAGUGCUGCUGAUACUAAUGAUAAACAUGGUUUAAACAGUGUGCUGGAUGACAGUUGGUCAAUGCUAUAUGGGGAUGUCGAACCGGACCGAGAUUUGGAUUUGUUCCCGCUGGGGGAAUGUGCGUUCGUAUAUAAGAAAGAGGAUUUAUCUGCCUCAAUCUACUGCUAGAUAUCACUGAACCUGUUUGUGCUUGUGUCGCUCCACUGUAGGAAUUAUCAAACCGUUGUUGCUAAUGCAUCUUUGCGAUUCUGUACUGCUUAUCAAUGUUCAGAAAAUUGCUAA